AUGUUGUCACAUGGGCAAGAAGGGGAUGAAAGGCACUGGCAGCACGUGCUGCAGCUCCUCGCUCACCCGAGCGAAGCUCAGCAGGUAAAGGAUAGCAGCAGCAGCAGCAGCAACAGCAGCAGCAGCAGCAGCAGCAACAGCAGCAGCAACACAAGCAGCAGCAGCACCAGAAGCGACAGGAGCAAAAAAAAAGCAGCACCACCGCAGCAGCAGCAGCAGCAGCAGCAGCAGCGUGGUUGGGGCCUUGCGUCAGGCCCUUUGUGGGGGCGCUUACAGCAGCUGCAGCACAAUAAGCAGCAGCAGCAGCAGCAGCAGCAGAAACUGCAGCAGCAGGACCCAUCAAUUGGUGCCUGA